CAAGUUUAUGCCGGCGGUCAAAUCGUGGGCUACGAGAACUUGCGUCGCUGCUAAGCAACUGCGGACUCGUUAGUGUGCUCGGAGUGGCGCCGACAGCAAGACAUAGUUCUUCCUUUGCUCUGUUCCCGUCACGCCUCCGCCAUGAAUCCAACACGUUGUCUUGGGUUGUCUAUCUGCGUCCUUUUGCUCGCUAACGGAGCCCUCUCGCAGCAAGGAAGCACAGGAGGAGGACGAGGUGGAAGGCAAAACCGCUUCUUCGGCGGCUUAGGGUCCAGCACCGGGGCUCUGGUGUCGGGCCUCGCCAGCACUGGAGCGAAUUUGCUGAACCAGCUGGCUUUCCAAGGAUCUGGAGGUCGACCAGGAUUUGGCGGGAGUAACUUCAUCAAUCGACCCGGAGGUUUCGGAACGAAUUUCGGUGGCAACAGCUUCGGCAAUCGACCUUUUGGCGGGAAUAGCUUCGGAACGGGUUUCGGAGGGAAUAACUUCGGCAACCGACCAGGUUUUGGCGGGAACAACUUCGGAUCAGGUUUUGGGAACAACUUUGGCAACCGACCAGGAGGUUUUGGCGGGAACAACUUUGGCAACCGACCAGGUUUUGGCGGGAACAACUUCGGAUCAGGUUUUGGCGGGAACAACUUCGGAUCAGGUUUUGGCGGCAACCGACCUGGAGGUUUUGGCGGAAACCAGUUCUUCACAGGUAAAUAAAGAAUAACUGCACCGCGACCACAAACAACAGGAGUGUAAAGCGUUUUCUUAUGUAAAAUUACUACGAUUUCUUGAUGUUCAUUAUCAUUUUUAUCUGUUUAUUAUCAUUCUUAUCUGAUGUUAAUUAUCAUGAUCUGAUGUUUAUUGUCAUUUUCAUUUGAUGUUUAUUAUAAUUUUCGUCUCAUUAUGAUCAUUAUUAAUUGAUGUAAUCAUUUUCUUAAAUUUCUCUUUACUACGAACUAUGUAAGAAGUAAUAAAGCUGGCUUAUAGCUCUUUACAUGUAUGCAUUACAAGGAAUAAAUUCAUCUCUGGCAACUCUAACCAUAAUCGCAUAUAAGGACCAAUCAGAAUUAGAUAAGCAUACUCUUAUUCCUGUUUAAUCAUUGUGUCUCAGUUAGCAAGACUACAAUAAAUGCAAUAACCUAGAAA